CUUUCUGGUCUACAGCAAUGGCUAGCAGCCCCUCUCGUGUGUUUGCUGCCCUGCUUCCAGUUGCAUCUGAUUCAUACGGCGACGAAAACUUGGUAGACUUCGGUCGGGUCGGUAAACCGACAACAGCAGAGGCACAAAUACCCCCGAGAGAAGUUCAGGUUACGGGAAGUGCGGAGUUAUCCUGCCCGCCCGACCGGGCUUCUGUUUCCAUCAGUGUUAGCAGCAGCAAAGAGUCUGUAAAUGAUGUUAAGAACAGCGUCUCGCGACGUGUGGAAUACAUUCUUCAGACUGUCCGACAGCACGACGUGAAGGUGGCAGACACAGCCGUCACGAAAUACAUCCAAAGAGUGGAUGACCUUUACAUUAUGGAGGCCGAGGUCCGAGUGGUGUUCUUAGAUUUCGACAAGAUGCAGAGAGUGCGAACCGUUCUGUUGGAGAAGUUGGAUAAGAGUGUGUGUGUUGGAGAUCCACAGUUCAUACACAGCCCGGAGUGCCUCAGUACACUAAGGCGACGUGUGUGUGUGGCAGCGGUGGAGAACGCUCGUCUGAAAGCGAGUGAGGUGUGUUGCACUCUGGGACAAGGUCUCGGGCGGGCCUUGCUGGUCCGGGAGGAAGAGUCACGCGAAUGGAGCGGCGGUUUCCCCAAUGGAAGAGACACAACCCUCACAUUACACCAGAGAGCAGGGCUUAUCGCUCACACUGUCUCCUCGCGCGUGUUUGUGACCUUUGAACUUCGACCCAAAGACCGACCCAGAAAGAAACUAUAGGGACCUACAACCAUUGCUUGGAUAUAGCCUCUCUCUACUCUGUCAUGCUCAGGCACUAACUUCUGAGAAGACCAGGGCCUAUUUUCUCAAACUUAAUAACACUAUGAUUGUCAUUAAAUGGAACAUGGAGUAUCAUUCAAGAAAAUACUAUGAUUGUCAUUAAAUGAUACAUGGAGUAUCAUUUUGAGCUAUGUCUGUUGAGUAUAAUAUUUGUUGCCAUCUGAAAUAAUUUAAUCACGGUUCUACUCCCUCAGUAUCAGUAAUAUUUAUAGAUGUGGGCCCAUGCUGAAAAUGUAUUGAUGAGUGAAUGGAUGGAUGCCUUAGUGACGGAUUGGCUUAAAUUAUUGUGAGAGGUAUUUCCUGUACAGCUGAACGUAGGAGGGAUGGGAAAGAAAGUUUUGACAAAGAGCAAUGAACUGUUAACAAAACAUCAGUUCAAGACUGAUCAUUUGUGGCUUUGCACUGUAUUUCCACUGUCUUUCAAACGAUCUUCUGUAAAGAGCAGUUAUUCACCAAAGAGACACUCGAAGGCCCUGAGGUCAGGUCACAAUUAGCAAAUCAAGAGCACUGUAAUGUAUUAUAACUGUGGGAUAGCACUGUUUACUGUCCCAAGGGGAAUUUGUACUGGUUUGUAUUCUGUGACAGAAUUGGAUUAAACAAAGUUUUGUCAGUUAA